AAAAGAAAAUGGCUGUCACGCAUUGCGGCUUGCUUCUUUUCUAAGCUAGGUUUUACGCAGUUCUCCCGCUGACUGUGCGUUUUUGCUUUUAACGCGCAAACACAAUGUUCAAAAAGGCGAAAAGGGCAAACUUUCGACGGAGGAAUGAUUCCGAUGAGGAGGAGCACGGGGAGAGCCACUCGCUGGCGCCCACAUCGUUCGGGCCUGCKGUGGAAAUCCCGUUCAUGGAGACUUCCAGCGCCGCCGGACCACCGGGCAGCGUGGAUAAUAGUCACAUCAAUGGCUUCUUGAGAGCUGUCAAGAAGGAUAAGAAAAUCAAAGAAGUUCAAGUUGCACCUGUCCUCCCACCCACGAAAGCCAGCUUGCUGAGUUUUGUCGAUGACGAAGAGGGAUCCGAGGUGUUCAGAGUGAAGAAACCCAAUCAUAGCAAGAAGAUCGUUAAACAGCUGAAGAAAGAAUACAAGGAGGAUUUGGAGAAAUGUGGAACUGUCAAACAAGAUACCAAAACAGAUGCUUCAUUUAUGCCUCUGGUUUCCAUUAAAGAGGAAAUAAUCAGCAGAGCAAACAGUGAACAGGGAGAGGAGGAAAUGGAGGUGGAUAGUGCGGAUGAGCAAGACGAUGCUGCACGGAGUCAAGCAUCGAAGGCCAAGAACAUGGGAAACACUUUCAGCACACUGUCCUCCCUUGGCAGCUUGAGGCCAGGAGAAAUCCCAGAUGCAGCGUUUAUCCAUGCUGCCAGGAAGCGUCGCCAGCUGGCCAGAGAACUGGGAGGUGAGGCGCCUCUGGUGGAGCCGGAGCCUCAAACCAAACGUCUGGGACAGGAAGACAGAGACGGCAGCGACGACGAAGACGAGGAAGAGAAGCGGAUUCGUUUCAGCGGGGUCAAGAACAAAACUCAGAGGCAGAAAAUAGCGGAGGAGAUAGGCAUCGAGGGUAGUGAUGAUGAAGCACUGGAUGCGGGUCACGAUGAGGAGGUGAGCCGUUGGGAGCAAGAGCAGAUUAGGAAAGGGAUCAGCAUACCCCAGGUUCAAAGCAGUCAACCAGAGGACACCACUGUCUACUACCAGAACAGCUAUGAAACCCAGCCCUAUGGCUCCUCCUACACCAUGCCCUUCACCUACAGCACAGUGGCUCCAGAGACUGGCAAGAUCCCAGGCACCUCAGAUAAUGGUUCUGUUCACUAUGGGGCCCCAGUUUGUGAUCUAACUCCAGUAUCCAUUGAUCUGGUAAAGAAACGCCUGCAGGAUAGGCUCACCCACAUGCGCGCAGGCCACAACGCAAACGCCGAGCGCUACAAACAGAUCAAAGAAGACCUCGCUGCCUCUGAGGGUACCAUCCAGCAGCUGGAGGGUUCAUCCUAUGAUAAUGCCGAGCAAUAUAAAUUCUUGCAAGAAAUGCGAGGGUAUGUUGGAGACUUGCUUGAGUGUUUCAGUGAAAAGGUGCCUGCUGUCCUGGAGCUGGAGGCUGCCAUGCACCAGUUACUAAGGCAACGGGCCUCUCGACUUGUCCAGAGACGACAUGAUGAUAUUAAAGAUGAAUCGGCGGAGUUUGCAAGCCUUUCAAAUAAAGCUGUCGUGGCUCCUAAUCUAGACUCAUUUGGUCGAGACCGAGCAGCUUUCCAAGAGCCCGGUCGUCUUAGGAGGAUAGCUGAAAGAGAAGCACGACGAACACGGCGCCGACAAGCUAGAGAGCAAACUGGAAAGAGGGCUGAGCAUAAAGAAGGCUUAUCUUCUGAUGAUGAGGAAACUUCGACUGACAUCGCCAGUUUCAACACAGAGAGGGAUCGUAUCAUGAGGGAAAGUAAGAAAAUAUUUGAGGACGUAUUGGAGGACUUCCAUUCUCUGGACUGCAUCAAGUCUCGUUUUGAAGUGUGGAGGAAAGAAUACCCCGACUGCUACCGAGAGGCUUACAUCGGCCUCUGUCUGCCGAGGCUUUUUAACCCUUUAGUUCGACUGCAGCUCAUUACCUGGAACCCUCUCCACGAGCCGUGUCCGAACUUUGAGUACAUGCUCUGGUUCGAGUCGCUUCUGUUUUAUGGUUUUGAGGAGCACACCACGUUACAAAAAGAAGACGGAGACCUCGGCUUGCUGCCAGCUAUCGUAGAGAAGGUCAUCCUCUCCAAACUGUCAGUGUUGGCAGAACAAGCGUGGGACCCGCUGUCAAGCAGUCAGACGGCCAGGCUGGUGGGCUUCAUUCACAGACUCAUUGAAGGAUAUCCAACUGUGCUGCGAGGGGACAACCAAUACACACAGGAGCUUUUGAAAACAAUAGUUUUGCAGACCAGGCGGAUUCUGGACGAAGACAUCUUCCUCCCACUUUACCCCAAAAAUGUGAUGGAGAACAAGAACUGUGGCGCCUACCUUUUCUACCAGCGGCAGUUCUGGUCCUGUGUGAAGCUGCUGGGCAACAUCUUGCAGUGGGAUGGCAUCCUCUCCUAUUCCUGUCUUAAAGACCUGGCUUUAGACAGCACUCUUAAUAGAUACAUCCUSUCUGCGCUGCAGACCACAGAUGUCGGAGAGGAAAAUGUUCAGAAGUGCCAGAAGGUGGCGGAGUGUUUACCUGUGCACUGGUUCUCUGGGCUGAAGGGCCAGCAGACGUUGCCUCAGUUGGAGCCUUUUUGUCGCUACCUCACACACCUGGCUAAUUCCUUGCACCGCGGCAGCGUGGGUGGAUCCGACAGCGAGCGUCGCACCACUAGGGAGCAAGUCAGAGAGAUUGUGAAGAUACUGGGCCGACUAAACGCCCUGGACCACAUCAUUGAUGUGGCAGAGGAGCAUGGUGUUAAAGACAUCAAACAACUCAUGGAAAUCAAAUCCUAGAGGACCAGAAAGAACUUCUCACCUGCCUUUUUGUUCUUAGCACAUAUGAAUCUAUUGGAUUCUUCAGGAGGAUUCCCAGAAACACUUUGUCACAUAAAUUAGAGAAAAAAAAACCUUUGUUGUAAAUAUUGUGAAUGAUGUACAGUAAGGUGUGUUCAUACAUCCAUAAAGAGGAAGGUUAAUUAAAAAAUGACAAUAAAUUUUGUACUGUCCACUUAGACUACUUUAGUUGGAGUAGAUAUUAGUACUAUUUUAAAAACCUAAUUUAUUAGGAGGAAAAAUGUGCUUAUUUGCAUUUUGGGAGACCUCUCUGAAUUGUCUCUCCUGUCAAGCCAACCAUCUGUACAAACUUCUUGACCAGCUCUUCUCUGUGGAUAAAUCCAUGAUUCUUUUAUGUGCCAACAGGUAGAAAAUGCACACAGGCAAAAUAUCUGGCAACUGUUUAUUUCCUGGCAGUAAGAUUAUUUUAAUCCAUGCCUCAUUUGUCAUCACUCAUUACAUACAAAAUGCUUUGAUGGCCUCGUGCAUAUUUUCUAAUUUGUAAGUUCUGUUUAGCUGUGUUUAUUUUGGUUGUAAAUAAAAUAUAUAUGAUCACA